AGAUAAGAGGCACAUGGCACUUCAAAACAGCAUUCUUAAGAUGGCUUGCGGGACGUAUCAAGCUGCUGGACUGGACACAAAGCGUGAGAGACAGAGACACCAUCUCUGCUGAUUUGUACUCAACUCUGGUUCCUGUUGCUGAGAGCCCACGUGUCACAGAAGCCAGGGCAGGGGGGCCCACACUGCUGUCUGCAUUUCCCAGGUAUCCCAAGCUGAGCAAAGGUUCUUCCUCAGAGGAGCAGGCAAUAGAAGCGCCUGAACAUCAUGGCACAAGUGGACUCCCAGGACAGGUGGGAAGAGGCGUCUCCUCUCAGUAGCUUGACUGAGGAGGCUCAUGACCCCCAGAUGCUGAGCAUGAACUUAGAGAGUGAGGAUGAAGGUGGUGGGGAGUCAGAAAAAGAGGGUACUGUUGACAUAGUGGUAAGGGGCAGCUCCCCAGUAAUAUGUGACAAUCCUGACUUGCCAUGGCCCCGUCCGCUAGGCAAAGAAGAGGAGAAAUUCUCUGACUCUUUCAGUGCAAGGGGCAUGGGGCAGAGACCAAUGCAGAUAUCCGGGAGAGCCAGCUGGAGCAGAGAUGUGCCAAAGAUCAGUGAGACCCAGGGCUCCCCGGGAGCAAGCACAGCUCUGGGUACCCUUCCCCGUGGUCUCACACGCAAGCUGUUAGGUCAGCUGCAACCUCUUAGGGACCGAUUAUCUGCGGGUGAUGAUGGAGACUUGGGGGCAAACCAGGACGCAGCCUUGGAUGUCCCAUCCUGCUUCCCCAGCAAUGGAAAGUAUCUCUGUGCACACAAAAGUGUAGACACGUCCGCAGAGAACUCUUCUCUGUUGUGUUUCCCCAGGCCGGGGAGCAACUGGGACCUCCCCAAGCGAGAGACACCCACACCAGCCCAGGCGUCGGCCACCCCAGCCAGCUUGGCAGCCGCGGUGCUAGCAAAAGGGCGAAUCAGCAGGAAAGUACAGAACCAGGUGGGCGGGCGCGGGGGCGGAGAGGGCGAGGCGCGUCCCUACAGGCGCCUGCGGGGCGGGAGGGCCUUCCAGGAGCCCAGCAAGCCGCUGAGCCCCGCGGAGACGCGCGGUGACGCCAAGCGCUACGCGUGCGAGCUGUGCGGGAAGGCCUACUCCCACCGCGGCACGCUCCAGCAGCACCGGCGCCUGCACACCGGCGAGCGGCCCUACCGGUGUUCCUUCUGCGACAAGGCCUACACCUGGUCCUCCGACCACCGGAAGCACAUCCGCACCCACACGGGCGAGAAACCCUACCCGUGCCCAGACUGCGGGAAGGCCUUCGUGCGCUCCUCGGACCUGCGCAAACACCAGCGCAACAUGCACAGCAACGACAAGCCCUUCCCGUGCUCCGAGUGCGGCCUGACCUUCAACAAGCCGCUGUCGCUGCUGCGCCACCAGCGCACGCACCUGGGCGCCAAGCCCUUCCGCUGCGCCGCCUGCGACCGCGAGUUCGCUGUGGCCAGCCGCAUGGUGGAGCACCAGCGCGUGCACUCGGGCGAGCGGCCCUUCCCCUGCCCCACCUGCGGCAAGUGCUUCACCAAGUCCUCCAACCUGGCCGAGCACCAGACGCUGCACACGGGCCAGAGGCCCUUCAAGUGCGCUGACUGCGGCGUGGCCUUCGCGCAGCCCUCGCGCCUCGUGCGCCACCAGCGCAUCCACACCGGCGAGAGGCCCUUUGCUUGCACGCAAUGUGGCCAGGCCUUUGCCCGCUCCUCCACCCUGAAGCGGCACCAACAGAUCCACUCCGGGGAGAAGGGAUUCCUCUGUGCCGAGUGCGGCAGGGCCUUCCGCAUUGCCUCUGAGUUGGCCCAGCACACACGGAUGCACAACGGAGAGAGGCCCUACCACUGUGAGGACUGCGGCCAGGCCUUCACCCGGUCCAAUCACCUCCAACGUCACCGAGCCAAGCAUGGCACCUGCAAGAAGGAGCCCAUCCCUUCCUCCUCUGACGAGUGAAGACAGCACCGUCGACCUCAGUACUUGGAACCUUCCCAGGUGAACCCACUCACAUGAUAUUGCCAGCCAGCCGCACCGGUCAGCCAGGCCUCCCAGUAGGUCGCCGGUCUUGAGUGGUCCAUUUGAUUAAGUAUUUGAUCCUUCGAAUAGAAAGUCACCACCGAGAGAGCACCCAGGUGUGUGGUUUCACAUCAGUGGUUCUGAGUGUCAGAGGUCAUAAGCAAUUGGAAAAGGGAAGGACAAAGUAGUGGGAGCUGAUUAAGGUUUAGUUUCUUGGGUUGGGGGACCACAAUCAAUCAGAAACUGCUUCUAGAAUUACAUGCUU